AUGUCUAAGACUCCAGAUGCAAACGCUCUCAAGAGCAUCCCGCCAAACCUGCUGUCGACUAUCCCAGGAGGUAAACCGCCCCCUGGGGUCAUACCGAAUUUCGAGAAUCCAGAGUCCCAAGUGCCAGUCAUUGUAGGGGUUGGAACGACUUUCCUGGCUAUCGCCUGCUUCUGCUUCUUCAUUCGCAUGUACACACGACUUGCCAUUUCAAAAACAUGGAAAUGGGAUGAUUUAACAAUAUCCAUAGGAUUUUUAUUCAGUCUUGUAUAUUAUGCGGCGACAUUAAACGGCUGUAUCAAUGGUAUCGCCGGGAGACACGAUUGGGAAGUGCAUCUCGAUAAGCUCAUUGGAAAUUCCCAUCUCUACCAAAGUUACAUAACAGUUAUUACGGCAACUCCGGCACUAGGGCUCAUCAAACUGAGCCUUUUCAUCCAAUACUACCUCCUAUUCAAAGUCAGGAGGUAUGUAAGAAUUAGCGUGUAUGUAGGGGCAACAUUAUCUGGCCUCUUCUACAUCGCAACCUCGAUCUCGUCCUUCGUGCUGAGCAGUCCAUGGCCGGGAGAGUCUAUCCUUGACUGCGUCCUCUCAUGGCACUACCUUAAGUUCGCGGAGUUCUCCAUCCCUACCGGCAUCAUUGGCUCGCUGGUCGAUGUUGUCCUAUUUAUUCUCCCAAUGCCCGCUGUAUGGCAGCUGCACCUGUCAACUUCGAAGAAGAUUGGUAUCAUACUAGUCUUCAUGACUGGUGGCCUUGCCGUGGCAGCCUCGGGUGUAAAUCUUUACUACCGUGUUCUACUCCAAAACGAUGUAAGCGAUGCAUCAUGGAAAGUCGGAUACGUUUUACUCUGGUCGGAGAUCGAGAUGUUUGCUGGCAUCACAGCUUCCAGUAUGCCUGCAGUUAAGCAGUUCUUCUCGUCGCGUACCGGCCUUUUCUCCAAGAACUCACGGCCGUCCUUCACCCCCACAAUUAGUAUGAUAAACCGCACCAAGCGGUCUGGCCAUUCGGAGCUCAUCAACCAGAAAGAUACGUCUUUCCAACAAUGGGGGUAUCCCGUUAAAAAUGAUGAGGAAAGCCUCGACAGGUCUGAGGAAAGCCAGAGCAGUCCCAGGCUAAGCGGCCCACCCCGUACUCAGAAUCUAUCACGGUAA